AUGUCUGAAUCAACCAUUCCCACCGAGGCUGCUGGUCAGCCUUCGAUCCUGAGUGAUCUGACAUUUGGAAUCGAAUUCGAGUUUCUCGCUUAUGCACCUGAUAAUGUUAAUCCCCAAAGGGCCGCAAUGAAAGCCCUGAACAGGCCUGUCCAAGUUCAAUGCGACAAGUGUCCUCAAAUACACUCUUUUAUGCUGCCCGUAGAAGAUUCUAUCGACAAUCCCAGACCAUUCCAGCUCUGGACUUCCCACAACGAUGUUUCAAUUGUACCCGAAACCAACGAAGCUGGUUACAUCCCAGAAGAGUGUCGAUUCUACCCGCUGGAACUUGUCAGCCGAAUCCUCAACUUCACCAAGCCUACACCUGAUCCCAUUGGACAGAUUUACCCUUGUACUGGCGAACCAUACGAAUGGUCAGCCCAGACUGAAGUCGCUGCUGUCCUCCAAAGACUAAUCGAAUGUUUUUCCAGGCCCGGCUUCUUGCUCUGCAACAACAGAUCCACAGGUCUUCAUACUCAUUGGGGCAAUGGUCAAGAGAGGCCACCUGUACAGACUUCGAUUGGAAUGUUUGGCGUCUUCACUGCUCUCGAACGUCACUUUGAUGCACUGCUCCCGGUGUCUAGAAUCUGCUCGCAAGGAGUCAGAGGCCCCUCGCUCGGAAUCAACAGACCCAACCCUUUGUACUCAUACUCUGAGAUUAAGGAGAAUGUGUAUGUUGGCAGUACUUCCAAGGUCUUCCUCGAGGACUUUGCGCGAACAAUCAGAGGUGCCAUGGAUCUGGAAUCUGAAGAGGAGACUCGAGCUACAAUCUAUGAAGCCUUGAGAAACUGUAACGCCCCUGCUUGGCUUGAAUCGAUGUCAGCUCAUGAUAGCAUCGAUGAUUUCCUUGACUCUUGGCCUCCAACGCAGGGCAGAGGAAGAGCUACGCUCAGUCAACGAUCAAUUGCCGUCAACCUUACCAACCUCCAGAGAUUCAACGGCUCCAAGGGCACCAUCGAAGUCAGAGCUACUCCGGGAAGUUCUGAUAUCGACGAGGUCUGGGCUUGGUGUGACUUUAUGGGCAAGCUCGUUCUUUGGCUCUCUACCCCAGGCAUUCAACACAAGGACAUCAUUAUUGGCAUCUGGGCUAACCCUCAUAGCAGCAUAUUUGACCUUCUCACGCAAGUCGGUGUCUCUCAAUCCACUUUCGACUUUUACACUGAUCGUAUGGAUAGAAACUGGGCUGCAGAACGCUUCAACCGUCUGGCUACAAAGCUUAAGGGUAACCCUUUCAAAAAUUUCAUCCGCGCUGUCGAGAACAAUCGAUACGAAGACUGCCGUCGUUUCCACGUUGACGCCAAGAUUCAAGAGAAGUUGGAGCAAGGUCUGUAUGGUCAGCACCCCGAUGCAUUCCUGCAAGUCAUGCUGCCCUCGGAACUGUACUAUCACCCAGAAAGCUUGAAUCUGAACAUGAACAAGUGCGACCUUAAGAGCAGAACUGACGAGAUUAUAGAAGAUGCCAAAGCCUUGGCUGCCGCUAAAUCUGAAGUCCCACCGAGAAAGUUGUACGUGUGGGUUCCACCACGCGGCGACGACUCUGGCUCUGGUUCACCCACCUCUGCAUCUCUUGUUCCUCCUCCCCUCUUCGCCAGACCUUCUGUUCCCCAACGUACCCCUGAUAUCCCUUCGGAUCUUGAAGAUCCCUUCACCACAACCUCUCCCAUAUCCACACCAUCCCGUCCUGCUGGUCACAUUCCUACCGUCAGAGAUUUAGCUGACAUUAUCCAACACCAGAACAACGUCGAUCGUCAUGCUGCCAUGGAAAUCGACUCUGAAUGGGACAGCAGUCUUUCCGCCGGUACUCCCACUAGAUCUCCAAGGGCCUCUCCUGCCCAGUCAGAAGACUUCCCUUUCCGCGCUACCAAUGAUGCCGAGAGAACUUAUGCUCAACAGAUUCCGGAGGGCGCAGCUUCUGAUUCUGAAGCUAGGUCUCCUGAAAGUGCACCUAGAACUCCUGACAACAGAUUCGAGGCUUAUGAUAGUGAUUCAAUGGAUGAGUCGGUAUAG